ACCGAUCCCCACCCAGUGAUCCCCACUCACUCCAAAUCCCCUGCCACCACCCCUCAAGCCCCUACCACCGCCAGCCUCUUCCUCCCCAGCCCUGAUUCUGAAAACUCUGUCCCUGUGAGAAUCCGGCUCUUCACGCAAACCAUUUUCUAACUUUGUCCCGAAUAGAAAAAAGGAGAAAACAACGCGAAAGUGGAGAUAGGAGCAAACCGGAUAAGUGUUCUAUUGCCCCGAUUGUUGGCCCGCGGCGGGGUGCAAAAAGGGCAGGCCGAAAAAAGACCAUAAGAUGUGGAUCUGGUACAUCUUGCUUAGUUCGGGGACGGGCUCAAGCUCGGUUGAGAGCCAGCUCCUUCCGGGGAACAACUUCACCACAGAGUGUAACAUCCCAGGGAACUUCAUGUGUGGGGACGGGAAGUGUGUCCCAGGCGGGUGGCAGUGUGACGGACUGCCCGACUGCUUCGACAAGAGCGACGAGAAAGGCUGCCCCAAGAUAAAGUCCAAGUGUGCUCCGACGUUUUUCGCCUGUGCCAACGGGAUCCACUGUAUCAUCGGGCGCUUCCGUUGUAACGGCUUCAGUGACUGUCCUGACGGGAGCGACGAGGAGAACUGCACAGGUAACCCGCUGGUGUGCUUGGAGGCUCGCUUCAAGUGUCGUAACGGGCGCUGUGUGGACCGCAGCUUCCUGUGUAAUGGACAAGACAACUGUCAGGACAACAGCGACGAGGAACACUGCCUCACCACCGCAGAGGCUCCAGGUCAGGACUUUGUAACCCUGGACUACCGGCUGCGUUACUACCCCAGCAUCACCUACGCGGUCAUCGGCAGCGCUGUCAUCUUCGUCCUGGUGGUGGCGCUGUUGGCCUUGGUCCUGCACCAUCAGAGGAAGCGCAGCGUGCUGCUGCCCCGUGGGGUCCGGGGGUCCUCCCACCACCACCACCACCACCAGCCCCUGCUGCUGUCCCGCCUGGUCAUCCUAGACCGGGGACAUGUCCACCCGGCUGGCCCUGGCCUCUCCCCCACCUCCCCGUCUGCUGCGGCCCAGUACGCUGCAGGUCCUCCAGGGCUACAGCUGCUGUCUGGGGCCCUCUACCCAGCUGGCAUGCCCGUGGACUCACCACCUUCCUACUCCCAGGCUGUACUGGAUGUCAGCCGGCCUCCUUGGUUCGACCUCCCCCCGCCUCCCUACCUCCCAGAGGCGGAGGAGCUGCCGUCAGAAGGUGAGCUGCCCCAGUACGAAGCCACCACAGUGCCCUCCACACAGCCAAAUGCAUGCCCAUCUGAGACCCCUACACCCAGAACUGUGGCCCCAGGCUUGUCCCGGCCUAGCCUCAGCUCCAGAGAGGAGUCGGACCAGCUGUAGUCCUCUGGUUACUGCAUCUACGUAGGACUAGUACCCAGCCUCAGCGCUGUGGAUGGCUGAAGAGAGAAGAGCUGUGCGAUAUGUUAAGGCCCAAAGCACUGUCCUGCCUGCUGUGGGAAUGAGAGACAAGGCGCUAUUCUACCUAUAGCUACAACUGACUGACUGACUGAGGCACUUGGAAUCAUUGCUCUUGUACGCUGGCGCCCUCUGCUGGAAAUGUAUCUACAUAUCCCUGACUGGGCUUACUACUCAUUCAAUCAAUCAUCAGUCAAUUGCAUUUAAUCUGUGGCUAUAUAGCGCUUUUUACAAAUUAAUUUCUCACAGUCUGCUUAACAGAAACCAGAGCCUAAGCUUCUAAAGACUGAGAAAAACUCCCACAGCCUCCCAACACUAUUCAUCUCCUGUUGGACUGGUGAAGACCAGUUGGGUGGUUGGGCGAAGAUCCUUUAGCUUGGAUUAAGUUGACUGGAUAGAUGGUCAACCUGUGUAGUACAGUCAUGCAUUAACAAUGAAGUAAGAGUCGCACUAACUAACAGUAUUUGUGGUACUCAUAAUGGGUCAAAUGUCACAUGGUGUUACAGUGGCAGAUGUAUAUGUUGUUUAAGAAUCGUGUAAAAAGGCACAGUGUCAUAUCUGUAAUGUUAUGGUUUAGCACAUUAGGAUGACCAGCUAGCCACAGAAGCUCUUGGGUCGUGGACAUACUGCACUUCCCUCCCAUCCAUAUUGCAUGAUGCUGGUUCUCUUCAAUCUCUAUUCUCAUUGGCCAUCUCUUUCGUUUCAUAGGAAUAACUGGAAUCAUAUUGCUCUGUUAUAGAGCACUUAUCGGGGUUGUUGAGUAUGCACGUAACUUGUGUUUUGGCAGGAACUCAAAUGGAAGUAUUAUUUAAGGAAGAGAACAUGUGGAUGAAAAUACUCUUACUGAGUAAGGUCCCAAAGUAAGGUUGUUCGUUUUUGGUAUCUGUGCCUUUUCAAAUCACUAAAAUAUACGUUUAACAACUGUAUGUCUACUGUCCCACUCAGAUUGUAGUUUGACAGCAGUUCAUUGAGAUCUUGUUCUACUGCCCAUGAUGACAGUGCAAAUUGCUUUGUUUUGAUAUAUCUCCUCAGACACUGGUAGAGAGGAGCAGAAUGUUCAGACUGCACUUCAUGUCUGACUAGUGUCCUGUGAGAGCACAGGACAAACAUUUUGUCAGGGAAGAGAUAAAAACAAUUAAGGAGUUGUUUGCAUUAGUGCAUAAAGAGGAAGAGGGAGUAGAACUAGGACUGGAGCAGAGACCAUUCCACUUGGUGCCUUGGAACACAAGCGUGUACAUUGAAAUAAGCAUUCAGGAUUAUCCUCAAGUAAAAACAAACAAUGUAUAUUUUCAAAACGAGCCUCACAACACACAGAACUAUGUGGCUGCUUGCAAAACAGUAAAUGCAUGAAUACAUUCAUCAAGGCUAAAUGAGACCGAAAUUGCAAAUUCAUCAAAAGAAGACGACUUACUGCAAAAACAUCCAGACAAACAUACAGUGCAUUGGGGUAUUGUGUGUAGGUUUAUGAGGGGAACAUAUCAUUUCAUCCAUUUUAGAAUAAGGCUGUAACAUAACAAAAUGUGGAAAAAGUCAAGGGGUCUGAAUACUUUCCCGAAUGCACUGUACAUAUAGCUGACAAAACAGAAAGUGAUUCUGUCUUUUAAAAAUACCAGUUGGUCAAUAGGUUUUCUUUGCAGUCACUACUACAUCAUGAUGAUCGAAACGGGAAAUGCAACUAUCAAAUGGUGCAGAAUUAUGGAGAAUCUCUCUCCUUUCUUUGCAUACUUUACCAAACAAUUUCAUACAUAUCAAAUCAAGUAUUAUUCAUGAAAAACAAAGCACAUUGUUUGCAGAAUUCAUUCACUGGUAUCAUCACAAUCCAAUUCCAUGUAUUCAAUACAUACGCUGUUCUGCUCAUAGGUUUGUAGACUUUCCAUUGGCAAGCAGCAACACAAUCCCCAAUAGAUCUAAGGACCGCUGAAUACAGUGGGGGAACACUGAAUUUAUAGGCGUCAACCCUCACCAAACCAAAGGUGUGCAAUAUUGGAGAUGACUUGUCUCAUGAGUACUUAGAUGGAACUGAACUUCAUGUUCUGCAUCUCUGCAUGUUGUAAACAAUCAUACAUCUUAGGCUGUCCUCAUUGCGUAGAUCUUUCCCUAUAAUGUACCGGAUUGAGUAUAAAUAAAACCAUUGACAGUGCAGUAGUAUUAACUGAUUCCCAGAAACAGGGAACAACAUUGCAACCUGUUCUCUUCUGAUGGAAACAAUGUAUUGACAUUCUGUGAACAAAACACUUAACAGCAACAACAACUGUUAUGACCGUUGUACAAAGGUGCAAAAACAAGAAAAUGAUCCGACAAUCUACAAAUGUAUUUAAGCAUUUGAUCAUUGUUGUUUUGCUCUACGGACAUUUAACCACAGUUCCAAAAAAAAUGCUUGAUUGAGAAAAACUAUAAGAGCAUUAUUCAACCCAGUAGAAAAGUAUUUGCUCAAUUGACUCUCAUAUAGUCACUGACAAAAGUGAUCAGACUUUUUCUCCUUGGUUCCAUAAUGAUGUGUUACUGACUGCACCAUCUACCAGCAUGUAUUUCCUGACAGACUGAAAUGAAUCAUCACAGAUGUGGUUGGUCAUGCAUGCAGUGUUAUCACACACUAAAUAGUAUUAAAGUGUAUUUCAAUAUAUGUCAAUCAGAAGAAACAAAUGUUGCUCUACAAAUUGCAUUUUGAUAGAUUAAGGAUAUAGUUUUUUGACUCCACACGUAACAUUGUAACCUCUUGUAGUACUUCAACAGAACUGUAUCAGCUCAGUAUCCUUACUGGGUUGUUGAGGCAGACAUGUGGGUGGCAGGUAGCCUAGCGGUUGACAGCACUGGGCCAGUAACAGAAAGGUCACUGGUUUGAAUCCCGAGCCGACUGGGUGAAACAAGCAUUUAAACCUAAUUGCUCCUUUAAGUCGCUCUGGAUAAGAGCAUCUGAGAAAUCACAGAAAAUAAUUUAAAGUAAGACAAGCAUUUUGUAUGGAGCAGUGAAAGUUUAAUUCCGUUUGGGACUGUUUUAGUAACUUGGUUAAAAUGUCUUGUUUAUUGUAUUUCUUGGAUUCAUACUCAAUCACAUACAGGAUCCCAACUGUAUCAAAUGCUGUAUCUGCCACUCCUAUUAUACAGACUAUUUUCUGAAUUUGUACCAUAGCUGUUUGACCAAUUGAAUUGACGCCAAAUAAAGUUUGGAUAAA